GAAAAGAAUAAAUUCGCGAAACUUUGAGGGACAUAGUCAAAAAAGAUGUCAGCAAGUGAACAAGACACAUCGGCAUCUGAUUCAAGUCAUGAAUCAUCAGAUAGAGAGGAUAUUGGGGAAAUAUUACCGAUAGUCGAUCCAUAUGAUGGGGAGCCAUUAGCUUCCUCCUCAGAUGAUGAUGCUAGUGACGAAAAUAUUGAAGCAGACGAAGAUGGAAUCCUCUACACAACGUUAGAGAAAAGAUUCCGGCGAACCGAAGCUGUUGAUUCAUGGGUUAAACCUUUCAAAACCGUGUUGUUACGAGAGGAUAAGCAUUUCAGUCUACAGAAAUUGUAUUUGAAAGUUUUUAAAACCUGUUGCAGGUGUAGCUGUAAUGAGUGCAAAGUGGAUCUUUUAAUUGGUGCAAGAGAGUUUCGCUGCUGCUGGGACAUUGCAGAGGCAGUCGGAAAACUGACUUCUGAUGGCACCAUAAAUGAAAUAAAAUGUGUCACUAACCACCCUGCUUACAGUGCUAUCACAAACCAGACAAAUUUAAAGAUGGUUGCACCACUUUUGAAAGAUAGAAUUGGUAGACCAUACCGAAGAAGAGGAAAUCAAACUGAAAACGAGUAUAUUGACAUUUCAAUAUUUUCCUUGCUGUUGGAAAAAAUAACAAUUUUUUCUGGCAGAAAAAUAAGAGUAAAAUUCAAGUUUUAGUUGAUUUUUAAGGUAUACUUUCCUAAAAAUUGAGCCCUAGAUUAACUCCCUUUUAGUAAGAAAAAUGGGAUCGUUCUCAGCAUAUUUAUGAAAGAUUCAAAAAUAAAACUUUGUUAAGUCAUACCUUGCCAAGUUCUCUCAAAAACAGCUUCAAAAUAGACCACUCCACUUGGGCAAGGGAAUGUACACCAGACACAUUUUGUUGCCGGAACCCAAUUGUGUUAUCCCCACCCCUCACUUACCAAUAGAGAAUUCCCAGUGGGAAAUUGUCAGGAAAUAUUUUAAAAAGACAACCUUCAGCAAAUUUUGAUCAACUAAACAAAUUAAAUCCAUGAAUCCAAAUAAAUUCCAAGAUAACAUAGAUGCUUU